CAGUAGCACCAGGCCUCGCAAGAAUCCACAGAGCAAUCUCCAAAACCCUAGAAAAAUGGCGGACGUAGUGCAGUACCGCCUCGAGCGCAUGGUCAACGAGCUCGACGACCUCGAGCGUCGCGGUCUCUUCUCCCGCCGCGAGAUCGCCGAGAUAGUGAAGCAGCGGCGGAAGUUCGAGUACAGGCUCAAGCGGCCGAGUCCGCUCAAGCAGGAUUACCUAGCCUACAUCGACUACGAGACUCAGCUCGACUCGCUCCGCCGACUCAGGAAGAAGUCGGUAGCGCGCGAGCUCAAGAAGCAGGGUGUUGACGACAAGAACAAGACUAAGAGGAAGAAGUCGGUUUCGGACUACGCCGGCCUGGUGAGGAUUGUUGAGAUUUACAGGCUCGCGGUUAUGCGGUACAAGGGCGACAUUGAUCUCUGGUUUCGGUACCUUGAGUUUUGUAAGCAACGAAGGAAUGGCAGGAUGAAGAAGGUCCUGGCUCAGGCUAUAAGGUUUCAUCCAAAAGUCCCAGGGCUUUGGAUAUAUGCAGCUGCUUGGGAAUUUGAUCAUAACUUAAAUGUUGCCGCUGCUCGUGCUCUAAUGCAGAGUGGGUUGAGAGUUUGUCCCACUUCAGAAGACCUCUGGAUAGAGUAUCUCCGCAUGGAACUCACUUACCUUAAUAAAUUGAAGGCCCGAAAGGUUGCUCUUGGAGAGGAUGAGGGGACUCUGAUCCGUGAUCAAAAAGUUACCGAGGAGAAACAGUGGAGAGAAGAAAAUGAAGAUUUAUUUAUGUCCCUUAAUGACCAAAAAGAAAAUAAAGAACCAAAUCCGGAAAGCAAGGAGACAACGGAGAAAGUAGACUUGUUUCGAGAGCAAGGAUUCAAUAUUUUGAGAACCAUAUAUGCUGGAGCAAUUGAAGCUCUUCCUUCUAGUCUUGAUCUAAGAAGGAGAAUUUUUGAGAUAUUGGAGGCAGUAGACUUGGCUCAUUCAGAAGAAAUGCGAGAACAAAUACUAAGCGAGAUGAAGAGAGAUUUUUCAACUGAACCGGAGUAUUGGGAUUGGCUUGCUAGACUUGAAUUUGAUCCUGAAAGCGCAGAGGAAAUGAGUGAAGAACUCGUGCUUUCUCGGACACAAAAAGCUGUUCAGGUAUUUGAGGAGGCUCUUAAAGUUGUUCCUUCAGUCAGAGUGGUGAAUUUCUACACAAAGUUUUUGAUGGGUGUUAUUGUUUCCAGUAAAGGAGAAAAAGAAAUUUCGGGGCUAUCUGGUCCAUUUACAACUUUUAUACCAAAUCUUUUUGAAGUGUUUGAGAAGGCUGAAACAAUGGGGUGUAUAACGGAGGAUCUUGCGUGCCAGCAUAUUUCAUUUUAUUUGCAACUGGGAAGACUUGAUGAAGCGAGGAAACUGGCAGAAAAGCUUUGCCAUGAGAUUUUUUCGUAUUCAAUUAGAUUAUGGCUAUUAAAGGCCUCGCUAGAAAUUAGACAAAUUACAAGGGGUUCUGUGUCUCCAUCUAAAGCUGACCUGCAAUCCAUCUAUGGACUCAUAAAGGAUGUUUUGACAAAAGCCCACGUCUCAAAAGCUGAGAGCUUGUGGCUCAUGGCAUUCAAAUUGUUUUCUAAUCAGAAGGAAUAUUUUGACAAGCUGGUUGAGAUUGCUAUUGUAUCAUUAGCUAAAGAUGGAGGCAGUGACGAUGGGUUCUCCCUCUCUGCUGCUAUCGUGAAUUUUGUCUUCCAAGAAGAUGGAAUUCGAAAGGCAAGAGACAUGUAUAAGCGAUUUCUUGCUUUACCACGUCCAGGGCUUGCCAUAUACAGAAAUUGCAUCGAGUUGGAAACAAACCUAGCAUCAGUUGGUGGUAAAGAUGGGCUCGCAAAUGCGCGGAAGUUGUACGAAUCGGCCCUUACAACUUACAGCCAAAAUGUGAGCUUAUGGCAAAAUUACUAUGGACUGGAGACAAAGAUGGGAACAUCCGAAACAGCUAGCGCUGUCUAUUGGCGUGCUAGAAAGAUUUUGAAGGACGCUGCUGCUCUCAUCACUCCUGAUAUGUGAAAACUGAAAUUUCGUUGUACAUUCAAUCCAAUUUUGACCUUUUAAAUAUUUAUUGUUAUUACUGUAGUUGGACAGUAAAAAGAAGAGAGGUGUAACAGCACUUGUAUCGCUAAUGAUAUAAACAUUUUUCUGCC